UUUUCAAAUUCUUCAUAUCCGUUUCCAUAAUCCAUAUUCCAUGUAUGUGUGUGUAGAUUAUAACAAACCCAGGUCCGCAUACUCUAUCCUUCACAAUAAAAGCACCACUAUGCGUCGUUUCAUGUGAAAGACCCAAACGCAUCGCACUUUAUCAUCGUUCGAUGGUGAUGGUUGUGAUGGAGGCCAACGACAGCUGCGGCAGCGGAGUGCACCUCCUUACCACCACCACCUCGUCGUCGCCGCCGCAGAGCCGCCACCACCGCCAGAAGGUCGAAGUCUACAAUGAGAUUCUUCGCCGCCUGAAGGAUUCCGGCGACCAAGAGGCUACGCAACCUGGCUUUCACGAUCAGCUUUGGGCUCACUUCAAUCGCCUUCCAACUCGGUAUGCGCUGGAUGUGAAUGUGGAAAGGGCAGCGGAUGUUCUUAUGCACAAGAGAUUAUUGCACUUGGCGCAUGAUCCUGCUAAUAGGCCUUCAAUUGAAGUUCGAUUAGUUCAGGUUCAUCCCAUAUCUGAUGGAAACGCAACAGACUCUCUUGAAACAGAUGAUCCUCGGACAGAGUCUGGUCAAAGUUCUUCAAAGUACUCAAGCAGACAGAGUAUACAUCCACCUCCUGCUUUUGGCUCUUCUCCUAAUCUUGAAGCACUGGCUCUUGAAGCAAAUGAUUCUGAAGACAUAGAGGAGGAACAUUCUGUACAUGCCAAUGUUCAAUAUUCACGGCCCAUGCAUGAAAUCACCAUCUCAACAGAUGACAAGCCAAAGCUUCUUUGUCAGUUAACUGCUUUGCUUGCUGAGAUUGGGCUGAACAUCCAAGAAGCACAUGCCUUUUCCACAAUUGAUGGUUUCUCAUUAGAUGUGUUUGUUGUUGAAGGAUGGCCCUAUGAGGAAACAGAAAAGCUUAAAGCAGCUUUGGAAAGAGAAGUCUUGAAGAUUGAGAGACAGGUGAGAUCCAGUCCGCAAUCAGUAUCUUCUGUUGAUGAGCCUGAUCAAACAAAGAUGAAAAGCAAACUGGAUCAUUUGACAAUACCAAAUGAUGGGACAGAUGUUUGGGAAAUAGAUCCUAAACAUUUGAAAUAUGGAACUCAAAUUGCAUCUGGGUCAUAUGGCGAACUAUUUAAAGGUGUAUAUUGUAGCCAGGAAGUGGCCAUUAAAGUUCUCAAGGCCGAGCAUGUAAAUUCAGAAUUGCAGAGAGAGUUUGCUCAGGAAGUCUAUAUCAUGAGAAAGGUUCGACACAAGAAUGUUGUACAAUUCAUAGGAGCAUGUACCAAGCCCCCACGCUUAUGCAUAGUAACAGAAUUUAUGUCUGGUGGAAGUGUGUAUGACUACCUACAUAAGCAGAAGGGCUUUUUUAAAUUUCCUAACCUGCUCAAAGUAGCUAUUGAUAUUUCUAAAGGAAUGAAUUACUUGCACCAGCAUAACAUAAUUCAUAGAGACUUGAAGGCUGCCAACCUUUUGAUGGAUGAAAAUUGUACUGUAAAGGUUGCUGAUUUUGGAGUUGCUAGAGUUAAAGCUCAAUCUGGUGUUAUGACAGCAGAAACUGGAACAUAUCGAUGGAUGGCUCCAGAGGUUAUAGAACACAAACCGUAUGAUCACAAGGCUGAUGUAUUUAGUUUUGGAAUUGUUUUAUGGGAGUUGCUCACUGGAAAGCUUCCAUACGAAUAUUUAACCCCUCUUCAGGCAGCUAUAGGGGUGGUUCAAAAGGGUUUACGACCCACCAUCCCCAAGAACACUCAUCCAAAGUUUGUUGAGCUUCUUGAGAGGUCUUGGCAGCAAGAUCCAACAUUGAGACCCGAUUUCUCCGAAAUUAUCGAGAUCCUGCAGCAGUUAGCAAAGGAGGUCGGAGAUGGAGAGGAGAGGCACAAGGAUAAAUCUGGAGGACUUCUGUCUGUCCUCAGACGAGGUCAUCACUAAAAUGUUCUUUCAAUAGAUGAUGUCCAUAACAUGGUCGUAGGUAGGAUCAAUCACAGGGCCAUUCCCCAUUUGUUUCUACAUUUUCAUGUACAGUUUUUUCUUCACGUUAUCUGAUUGCUUUUAUGGUAGAUUUCUAGCUAUAUAAGCAUUUUGAAAAUAUGAUUAAUUAUCCAUUUCUUUGUGUUUUA